GGAGCCCUGGAGCCCUAGUUCAAAGGCGGGCGCGCUCGGCCUGGUUUGCCAGGGGGGCAUAGACUAGCCUCCAGCGCAGAGCCAUGGGGAAAGUGCUGGCGCUCGCCCUGGCCGGGAUACUUGCCGCUCUCUUCGGGGAGAGGCUAAUGGAGUUUCGACGUAAACUGAAUAACUCCAGAGAGCUGGAACCAGUGGAACUUCCCAACUGCCACCUUAUUAAAGGAAUUGAAAGAGGUGCAGAAGAUAUUGACAUCCUUCCUGAUGGUCUGGCUUUCAUUAGUUCUGGUUUAAAAUAUCCAGGGUUAAAAAGCUUUGCUCCAGACACGCCAGGUGAAAUAUUUCUGAUGGAUUUGAAUGAUGAAAACCCAAGAGCAGUAGAACUGAGAAUCAGCCGUGGGUUUGAUCUGGCAUCAUUUAACCCUCAUGGGAUCAGCACGUACAUAGACAAAGAUGACUCAGUGUACCUCUUCGUUGUGAAUCAUCCAGAGUUAAAGAGCACAGUUGAAGUGUUUAAAUUUGUAGAAGAUGAAAAUUCUCUUGUACACCUGAAAACUAUCCGACACGAACUUCUGCCAAGUGUGAAUGAUAUUGUGGCUCUGGGACCUGAUCAUUUCUAUGCUACUAAUGACCACUAUUUCUUUGACUCCAUCUUGAUGUAUUUGGAGUUGUUCUUGGGCUUGGCCUGGACAAAUGUUGUCUACUACAGUCCAACAGAAGUUAAAGAAGUAGCCUCUGGGUUUUACUCAGCCAAUGGAAUUAACAUUUCACCGGACAAAAAGUAUGUUUAUAUUGCUGACCUGAUGGCUCAUCGUAUUCAUGUUAUGGAAAAACAUGCUAACUGGAGUCUAACUCAAUUGAAGGUGCUGGAAUUGGACACACUAGUCGAUAACUUAUCUGUUGAUCCUUACACUGGGGAUAUUUGGGGAGGAUGUCAUCCCAAUGGCAUGAAGCUACUCUUCUAUGAUCCUGAGAAUCCUCCUGGUUCUGAGGUAAUCCGGAUCCAGAACAUUCUUUCGGCAAAACCUACAGUGACCCAGGUGUAUGCAGAGAAUGGCUCAGUGCUUCAGGGAAGUUCAGUUGCUGUAGUGUAUUCUGGGAAACUGCUCAUAGGCACAGUGUUCCACAGAGCUCUUUACUGUGAACUAUAGUUCACUCUGGAAAGACUUUGUGAGGGGGGAGGUUUCAGUUUCUUCUAAAUUGCUAAUUCCAAGCUACAUUGCAAUAAGAGUUGUGAAAAUGUAUUCCUCGUCUUCCUCACCUCAAGGAAAUAACAUAAGUUCUAUUCAGUGGUGAACAGAAAUGGAUUUAAAGGUAAAAGAAUGUGUGUGGGUGCAUGUGGGGGGAUUAAUGUGGAAGAUCCCAGGCCAAUAACAAAGUGUGGAUGUAAAUUACAAAUUCAACAUUAAAAGAAAAUUUGUUGGUUUUUGGGUUACCAACUGUGAUCAGACUUCAGGGAGAGGUUCUCUGAGAGAGUUGAUGAUCUGUCUAGUGUGUAAAGUAAUGGAGGCAGUGUUGAAUAAACAUGUCAUUUCGGGGUUUGGGUCAGUGACCAAGUACUUUCCGUCAAUUUUCCCUACGCUGUCAGAAAUUAUUUGAAACCCAUGGGUUGCCUUCUCAUGAACCUGUUCUCGGACAUACUCUUGCCUGCAUACAAGAGUAUUAGGUGCAUGAUUUAAAUAACCCUUCAAAGAAUGAGUUCAAAAAUCUUUCUGAAGAGGUCUGAAAUGCCUUAACCAAACAGUGCCUUGGAGCCCGCGGUCUCCAUAUACAGACAGAGCAGGAGUGGUGAAAGCUGCACUACAGUGAAGGCCUUGAGCGCAGAGUGCAGUUUGUGCACUCCGUGUUUAAUUUCCACGCUGUGUGAAACUGCCACACUCCUGCCAAAGGAUUCUACCAAAUGAACUAUUAUAAUGCCGUUUGCUAGAAUGACACAGUCCACACUGUUUAAUCCAUUGUAUGGGUGAGGCUCGUAUGAUCUUUGUUUGCUAGCCAAUAUGCUUCUCCAUCCCCUCUAGGCUAAAGCAUUCUGCCACUGUUUCUCUGGCAAGAAGAGAGGCAGUAUGGUCUUGGAGAGUGAACUGAGGGCUUGGAAUCAGGGGCAACAGCAGUCUAAUCAUACUUCUGCCAUGGCUGAGCUGUGUUGCUGGGGACAGGUUACUUAACCACUCUCUCGCCCUUUCUUCAGCUGUAGAGUGGGGAGAGAUGCCAAGGGCACAGAACAGUUAUGAGGAAUGAUAGAAAAUGUGAAAGCAUCACCUUAGUGCAAGCUCCCUGAUCUGCAAUGGGGGGACGCUGUACUGGAUCUGGCAGAACACUGCCAGAGGAGCAUGUAUCAAGGCAACCUGUCCUACAGCUCUGGCUGUCAUACUCUUCUGGUGGCUUAAACUUUAACUGUUGACUGCACGGGGAAGCAACUACCAUGAACUCUGACUUGGGUUAUUUUUAAUGAUCCUCUAUAU